AUUGGAAAGAAGCUAAUACCGACGACAGGGAAACGAUGCCACAUGAGAAUCCACUGAACCUGGAAAGUGAAGAUAAAGCAGAAACAGAAAUGCUGAAAGAGGCGAUAUUGGAAGAAGCUAAUACCGACGACAGGGAAACGAUGCCACAUGAGAAUCCACUGAACCUGGAAAGUGAAGAUAAAGCAGAAACAGAAAUGCUGAAAGAGGCGAUAUUGGAAGAAGCUAAUACCGACGACAGGGAAACGAUGCCACAUGAGAAUCCACUGAACCUGGAAAGUGAAGAUAAAGCAGAAACAGAAACGCCGAAAGAGGUGACAUCGACAGACGGCAAUCUCGACGACAGGGAAACGAUGCCACAUGAGAAUCCACUGAACCUGGAAAGUGAAGAUAAAGCAGAAACAGAAACGCCGAAAGAGGUGACAUCGAGAGAAGCUAAUACCGAGACUAUGGUGAAUGAGGGUGUCAUCCCAGCUCUCGAGACGGUCGAAAUACAUGUGGACGAUAUAGAGGGAGGCGAGGACGUUUUAGUGGACGGCGAACUGUAUGAGACGAUGGCAUAUGAGGAGUCCCUUAACCUGGAAAGUGAAGCUGAAGGAGAAACAGAAAUGCUGAAAGAGAUGGUACUAGAAGAAAUUGAUCCUGACAUUGAAACGCCGAAAGAGAUGAUACCAAACGAAGCUGAUAUGAAAACUGAAACUAUGAUGAAUGAGGGUGAGAUCCCAGUUCUAGAGAAAUCUCCCAACAUUAAUGUUAAGAUCAAGAUUAAACCAUCGAGAAAAAGGAUGCACAGCUUUAAUAAAGAAAACGAUAGGAUGCUGGCGAUGCAGAUCGACGGAUUUCUAGGACUUCAGAGACCAACUGUUGACGAACAAUUGCGCAGACAGCAGGCCAAGGAUAUGAUGCGCUUCAUGCUGGGGAAAUAUCCUAUCUCCAGGCUACUGCGCCAUAUCCAGAGCGGUUCGAUGACGCAGACAGAGGUAGGCAUUAAUCAAGGGGACAGCCAGCCAACGGUUGCAUCACCAACGGAUAAAGGAAAAGAGAGCAGGUGCAGCACCUGUAGUACCGAGAUCGUUUCCAUGCUGCAGCAGCCACGACGGUUAUCUUCUGCAGAGAAUAUCAGCCAAACAACUGGCACCACUCGACUCCAGGAGGAGACGUUGCCGAUAGUUGCUGCUACUGCAGGUAUUAUAUUUUGGAAGGAAUCUGAGAAAGUGCAGGAGAAGUCUCAACAGGCUGGUGUCAUGAGCAGUCAGAACCUUAUCGGAAACGCGUCACAGUCUGAAGAAUACGAGCAUGGGAGAGCUGCCACACAAGCCCAAGUCGACAGCAGCAAUGUGGAAAACAAUGACUAUGCGGGAAAAAGAAGCCGACGCAGCAGCUCUUCCUUAGUCAAAGAAGGCAGCGAUGAAAUAAGCCUUAGCGGAAGGCAGAAAAACGACCGUGUGAAAAGCAGCCAUGCUGACGAUGGUGACACCAUGGACGAGAAUGGGCGGAGUUUGAAGGAGGGCAUCCACGGGGUGCUGCGCAGCGCACUACGCAAGGGAUUACGGCGUCACGAGAACGCCGUCUACAUGCGCCAUGAGGCUGAGGAUGACUAUGUGAGCAACGCCGACGGAAUCGCUGGUGACGCAGUCUCCGCCAGUGGGGUGGAUGAGGUGGAUGCGGUGGCCAUGCAGAUCGAAAAUCGCGAGCCCCUGAUGACGACGCUUCAUAUUCGGGCUACUCCGUUUGGGGCGAGUGGAGUUCUUGUAGUGUCACGUGCUGCUAUGGACGCAGGCGAAGGUCAAGGUCAUGCCAAGACCAAGGUCGUUGUACGGCCGAAAAUCUAGAGGAAGACAUUUGCAUGAUCAACACCUGUUAAUGAAGUAGUUAGGUGAAGUAGGCUAGGUGCACAACACAUUGCUAGGUCUUAGCUGGUGUCCAUCCAGCAAUGGCUCACGCGGAAUAAUCAAGGUAAAAUGGAAGAUGACAGCAAUGACUAGCUACUGACUAGUGACGUGUUCUGCACCUUGCUCCGUGGUGGCACUGAUCUAAAACUGCUGGACAUAUCCUGCGCGCGGUGUAUUUGCUGAGCCAAGCACGAAGCCAUCUUAGCACUCGUACUGUUAGACAAACCAGGAUGAAGCAUGAACAGAUUGACAUCUACCUUCCCAGUUUUGAAAUCAAAGAACUCAAGCAGUUCAAACAAACAAAAAGAAAGCAGUGUUGACAGUGUAAAAAAAAGGAGACAAAUGCAGUCACAUGGCGACUGGAGAAAGUACUGCCCUAAGAUUUCCAUAAUGGCUUCUGACCUAUCUAGAAGUCUAGCCAUUAGUUUCAGAUCAGUGCAUGAGGAUUAUUCUACUUGCUGUCACUUUCUAUAAAACAUUCAGCAUUUCUUACAGUGUCGAUAAGUGCACUGCAUAUACUGCAUUUUGUAAUCCUUUUACAUUUCUUUUUCAAGCUUUUAAAACACAUUUUGCACCUUUUAGACAAGUCGCACUUUUCUGAUAUCACAAAGAUUUGCGUAUGCAGCUUCUUUUAUGUACCACUUCUAGCCACAUUUUUCCUUUGUGUAUUAAGUUUUCAGCAGUGGAAACUUGUGUAUGCCGCUGUCUGCACAACUAGAUUUACCUCGGAAAGGCCAUCUUGAAUGCAAAAUUAUGUAUUUACAAAUACAUAUUUAUCUCAUUGAGAGAUACUAAUUACAUAAACUUGAACAAACAUCUCAGUUUUUGUUCAGAAAAUACAAACCUUUAAACAUCGAAGUUUUCACCUGGAUUUUGGAAAGAAGCCAAGAUCUCUUUCCCCGCGAGGGCCCUUGUUUGGCCAAGGACUUUGCUCUAAACUAUCGCAUUUUUUAAAGUCAUAAAGCUUGCUUGACGUGAAACAUAAUAUUGACUGUGAUCUUUACUUACUCAGAAGUUAGAUCACCUCACAACUUCUUUUCUACAAGAAUUUAUUAAUUUCAGUUUUGCAACAAACUAAUGACGGCAUUGCGUGUUGUUUAACUGCGAAAAACUUAGAGCUUAGUUUAUGCUUCUCGGAUUAGCAUUUAACUGAAGUAACAAAAUAAAAAAU